UCUCUCUCUCUCUCUCUCUCUCUCUCUCUCUCCCCGACUCACCACUCACCAGCCGUAGAUUUUUCUCUCUCCUCUCCUGUCCAUCAGUAAACUGUCCCUGCGGAACACGAAGCUCUGGACUUCGUUCCGCCGUCAAGCCUCCAAGACGAACGCCGUAUCGCAUCUCCAAAUGCCGACGUCCAUCGCCGGCGCGCGAUCCAUCUGUUGAAGGCCAGGAAGCCUCCGGCGUCUUCGACUCAGAAAGGGCGUGGAUCGAUGGCGGAGAUCCGCGAUCCCGUUGGCAUCACGCGUUACUAAUUUGCGGAAGUCGAUUGAGAGGAAGAUUUUAGAUUCUGAAUCAGCACCAGCAACAGGAAGCCCAGGUGUUGGACAGAUGACCUUCAGAGAUGACAGAAGAAAGAAGUCAUUGCAGUCCUUUUUCCCAAAAUACUUUGGGAUGAGAGGGAAUAAAGCAUCAAGGAGAAAUGAGCUCUCACUCAACCCCUCUGCAGUUGAUUUCCGAGAGUGCCCAUCUGUCUCGACGACUGCCUCUCCUGCUCUCAUGAAAGGCUUUUCUGACACAGACUCUAAUUCAAGGCUAGGGAGCAUAAGUCGCAAUGAAUGCUCUUCACUAUUACAAGACAAUGUAGAUACCCAGGCCCUCAGGAUAUUUGUUGCAACAUGGAAUGUCGGAGGAAAACCACCUCAUAGUGGGCUGAACUUUAAUGAUUUUAUUCCUGCUGAUGAUCAUUCAGAUAUAUAUGUACUAGGUUUUCAGGAAAUAGUCCCUCUGAAUGCUGGAAAUGUGCUUGUUAUAGAAGAUAAUGAGCCAGCAGCGAAAUGGCUUGCUCUCAUCAACCAAGCAUUGAACAGACCAUCAGUGGAUACUGACACGCUAUCUCGAUACACCGACUCCUCUUCUCAAGCUUCUAGUUUGAAUGCUUCUGUUUCUAGAGAUUUGAAGAACAGCAGGGAUUCAUUAUUCUUCCAAAAGCAGUCGCUAAAGUCUGGAAGCAAAACUUUCAUAACAGAGCAGGGAAGACGGCUAAAAACCUGCAACUGCCCCUCGGAAGUGGCAAGGACAUACUACAGAGACUCUUGUUUCAGAUGUCCCCAAGCUUAUAUUAGUGACGAUGACUCCUCCGAUGAUGAAGAGGAGGUAACAAGCAGUUUUUCAGUUGCAGAUACAGCUUCUGCAGUCUCUAUUACAGAUAGCCAACGACGGUAUAGCCUCAUAGCUAGCAAACAGAUGGUAGGGAUCUUUGUCACUGUUUGGGUUAGAAGAGAACUAGUCCAACAUAUAGGCCAUCUCAGACUCUCUUGUGUUGGGCGUGGAAUCAUGGGCUAUCUUGGUAACAAGGGGUGUAUAUCUGUGAGCAUGUCUUUGCAUCAGACAACCUUUUGUUUUGUUUGCAGUCACUUGGCUUCAGGGGACAAAGAAGGGGAUGAGGUCAGGAGAAACUCUGAUGUUACAGAGAUAUUGAAGAACACAAAUUUCCGAAGGAUUUGCAGAAGAGCUUGUCGAAGAAUUCCUCAGAAAAUUCUUGAACAUGAUCGGGUCAUAUGGUUGGGGGAUUUGAACUACCGAAUUGCCUUGAGCUACUCCGAGACCAGGAUGCUUCUUGAAGAUAAUAACUGGGAUGCUCUUCUUGAGAAGGAUCAGCUGAAAAUUGAAAGAGAAGCAGGGCGAGUAUUCAAGGGGUGGAAGGAGGGGAACAUCUAUUUUGCUCCAACAUACAAAUACUCUAAUAAUUCAGAUGCAUAUGCUGGGGAGGCUGCAACAUCAAAGAAGAAAAGAAGAACACCAGCAUGGUGCGAUCGCAUACUAUGGCAUGGUGAUGGGAUUGUGCAGUUGUCUUACAUCCGUGGGGAGUCGAGAUUUUCUGAUCAUCGCCCAGUAUGUGCAGUUUUCAGAAUGGAGGUAGGCAUGCUUGACAGUAGUUUGAGCAAGCGUUUGUCCACCCCCAACAUGAAAGUUGGUGCAGAAGAGCUCUUACCUCCAAGUGCUUACAUGUGAGAAUAAAGAGUGUCUGUCACAGAAAAUGUAUUUGUGAAUCUGAAGAAACUAUCACAGAGUCAGAUACGGGUCAAUCUGCAUAUAACUUCUUACUAACAAUAUAAUUGGUACGUGAGUUUGUUUGAAGGCUAUACUUUUGUCAUGUGGUGGUCUCCACCACCAUUUUGCUAAAAAAAUGUGACAAAAAAAAGAGAGAAGGCAUUGCCUUUAUUAUUCUAAAUGUUCUCUUCAUGGAUAAAAUGACUCAUGAUAUCUUUAUGCCUUGUGCAAGUUUGUUUCCUUUCGCAUUGACUCCACUUAGAAGGGACCGAAAUCUAAGCUCAUACUGGGGAAGACAUCUUCUGUCUUGUUUUUUCUUCCCCCUCUUUUUCUCCACUGAGAGAAUAUAUGAAUUCUACCUCUAAGCAUAUACUGAUUUCUCUUGGGGGUAGGAAUGCAUGCUUAAUUGAGGCUUUCAAAAUGUACAAAACUAGGCUAACAACCAUCUGCCUCCAUUACAGUUAAAAAAAAUUAAAGAAUGUACAAAACUAUGCAUUUUUAUUUUAUCAAGAAAGGCAACAUCGUUAUUUCAGUGAUGAUGAAGAAUUCCAGGAACUGCAUUUUUGUGUUGUUUUCUUAACUGCCAUAUGCUUCUGACUUGAUGGGAUUCCUGUUCAGAAACUCACCUCUGAUUGAUAGGAAAUUAAAUCUUGCUAGAUGUUAUCUGAGCUAAAGCCUUGUGAUAUAGAGUUCAUGUUGAGUAGUUAUUCCUGAUGAGGUCUAACCAGACACUUUUUCCCUUUUGGAUCAGGCCAGCAUGGCUGAGUUCUGACUCAGGUGGAUUGCAUUUUUUUCUGUUUUUAAUAUCACUCUCUCAAGGCAUACCUCUUCUUCCUUGGAACCAUGGUGAAUUUAGAGCCAUUAUUACCACAUUAAGUAGCCCAUGCACCAUUAGGGAGAGCAUUUAUGUUGUUGCAGGUUGAAAGGGUAUAUGAACUGAUGAAUAAUUUCAUUUACUAAACUUUAAAGUUGGAGGGGCAUCAACAGUUGUUAUUCAGAUCAGUGGAUUCACUCCCAAGUGUGAGAGAGGAGGGGGGGAGGAGCAUGAAGCUGUCUUCAGGUUCGGGUGGACAUGUGAAGGGAGGUGAGAUGCCCAUGAAAGCAGCACUUAACCACAAGGAGAACAAAACAAUGGAGGUUGAAGAGGUACACAGGCAGUCUUUUCUUUGAAAUGGGGUUUAAAUAGGUUCAUUAUAUAAGAGAGGUAAUCAAACCUGAGACAAGCUUGGCUCAUUCGUCAUAUGAAUUGAGAUCGAACGAGUCUCUUGUCAAUCCGAGCUGGGCUCUUACUCAUUUUCUGAAAAUAAUAUGCCAUCAGCUAUCUGCAUCACAAACAUCCAUUGGAUAUGAUGAUGCAAAAUUAAUUA